AGCCCCGCGGCCGCGCCGUCGGGGGCCGGCGGCGACCGGGCCGCGGUGGCGCCCGCGCCAUGGAGCGGCUGGCGCUCGCAGGCUUCCUCCUGGCGCGGCUGCCCGGGCGCGCUGGCGGUGCCGGGGAGGCGGCCUUCGCCUGGCCGGAGUCCGACGUCGGGCCGCGCACGCCCCCGCUCUUGCAGGCCGGCAAGAGGGCGGCAAAGCACUUGGAGUGCGAGAUCUGCCAGCUGCGUCUCGCGGGCCUCCUUUUCUCGCGGGCGGAGGAGAAGGGGCGCUCGUGGCCCAACUCCAGGGCCUUCCGCGACGCGCUCGGGGAGACAAAGAGCUUGUGUGAAGAGGGCGCGCUCAUGCACCACCUGACUGCUCUAAACCUUACGCUCCGGCUGGACCCCUACAGCGACCGUGCGUACCUGGAGGAGGGUGAUCCGCCCUGGUCGCUACAAGCGCUGUCGGGCGACAACUUCAACUGGAAGGCGUUCGCGGCUCACCACGCCUGCCUGGAGGCGUUCCGGAGGGGCGGCGACAAGAUCGCGGCCGGCGUGAAAGAGGCCUACCGCGGGCUCUCCGGCGCCGAGGACGGCAGCACGGAGGAGCAGUCCAGGAGAUUGUCCGAGCUGGCGCAGCGAGGCUGCUCCCGCACCAGGGGCUGCAAGGCCCUCGUCGUGGAGCGGGAGCUCGACGUUGGUCUCGAGGCCAGGGACAGGGAGCUGGCCGCGCGAGACCCAUCCUACGAGCCGGCUCCCUCGGACUUCGCCGCCCCGAGGAGCGUGGAGUACGAGGCGAACGUCGACUACUACCACGUGCUGGGCGUCAACGACACGGCGCUGUGCAGUGAGGCGAAGGAGAGGGGAGGUCUCUUGCUGUCCCUCUACGGCACCGAGAGGGGCCGGGCCCUGAGCGGCGUGGCCGACGUGUUCGCGGACGCCCACGAGCGCGACCUGAAGGCCGCGCAGCUGCUGCUGUGCGACCGCGCCACGCGGAGGCAGUACGACCGGGACCGGGGCCGCGUCAUGCUCCGGGUGCGCCACGGCCUGCAGAAGGCGAAGCCAGAUCGGCCGCACCUGGACGGCGCUGCCAUGGUGCUGGCGUACGAGGACGAGCUCGCGGAGCUUGGGGCUGCCAGGAGCGAGCUGUGAGCAGCGCAACGGGCAGCCUGCGCGUAUUGCCUCCUCCUCCUCCUCCUCCACCUCCUCCUUCUCCUCCUCCUCCUCCUCCUCCGAGGAGGAGGGGCCGCGAGGGCCUCCUAGGGGCCUUCAGGAUUUCAAGUGGGAAGGCCGCGCACUUCCCCCGUCUGUGCUGGGGCGCCUUGGCGGGUGACCUCUGGACCAGGCGCGCUCGCGAGGGGCGUGCCGCCGCCAGGGCAGGAAAGGAGGAGGGGUGUGCGGGCUGGCCGCAGCGACAUGAAACACCGAGGCGGCGGUUGCCCUGCGGUGCCCCCCAUCACCAGCCAGCGGCUGCUCGACUGGAGCUCACGACGGACCGCCAGGGUGAAAUUGAGCACGCGGCACACGUGCGUCCGGGUGGCUCGCAGUCAAGGACAAGUGAUUACCGAAGCAGGGGGGCCAUGGGCGACAUAAUUGUCGGACGGAUGUUGCUUCGCACCCGCAUCCACACAUACACGCAUUUGUGCCAG